AUGAUUGGUGCCGCAGGAGCGCAGGAAGACCGGGCGUACAGCCGCCCAGGACAACUCGGCGCGGGCGGGCACGGGGAUCUCGGCUAUCGCGGCGAACGGCCUGCCGGCGAGGUUCCAAAGACGCUGCACUUCAAACUCGUUCUCCUGGGAGACACGAGCGUCGGGAAAAGUUGCCUCGUUGUCCGGUUUGCGAAAGACGAGUUCUACGAAUACCAAGAAAGCACCAUUGGCGCUGCCUUCAUGACCCAGUCAGUUGACUUGGGAAGUUGCAUCGUGAAGUUCGAAAUCUGGGACACAGCUGGACAGGAAAGAUACCGAUCUCUCGCGCCGAUGUACUACAGAGGAGCGGCGGCUGCAGUCGUGGUGUACGACAUCUCGAAUCGCGACAGCUUCCAAGGCGCGAAGUCUUGGGUGCAGGAACUCCAGACGGUCAACGAUCGGUCAAACGUCGUCAUCGCACUCGCCGGGAACAAGGAAGAUCUCGGUGCAGAGCGCCAAGUACCCAAACAGGAGGCGCAGCAGUACGCAGAUGAGCAUGGAAUCUUGUUCAUUGAGACAAGCGCAAAGACAGGUCACAACGUUAACGAGCUCUUCUACGAAAUCGCGGCCGCCCUUCCAAAGUCCCGAAAGGAGCACGAUCCGCAUGCAGGCUUUCAACUGAACAAGACGCAGGAACAGAAGUCUUCAUCGGGAUCGUGGUGUGCGUGUGGAGGCAAAAGCAGUUGA